AUGUCCCCUGGCAAGAAGAUCAUCUCCACCCUCAUUACUUCUAUUCAUACUGCCUUACACCAGGUAAAUCUGCUGAGGGAUUCAAAGGGAAUUGAUAGAUCUAUGGAGCAACGAAGAUAUGGGUUACUCAUGCUCAAAAUGUUUGUUUUUUCUGCAAGAAAGUUGGGCGACAAUGAAUAUCUCAUAUCUUUCUUGACAAAGCUUCAGGAAAGUGUUUGCAAAUUUGAAAAGGAUACAAAAAGUCGUCCUGAUCGCAGCCCUGGUGAUGAAGAUCCCACUGACACUGAUAUCGUUGACGAAGAAGCUGAUUCUUUCUUCGGUGAGAUGGAUGGAUGGUACAAUACUCUCUUGGAUACCACGCUACAGCCGAGCUCACUAACGAAAGAUGAGGUUCUGGAGAUCAUCAACUCCUUCCUGGAAAAUCUCGUGGAGCUUCGGAAAUUACCAGCUGAACCUCCCAUCUCUGAUGUUAUUCUAGAUGCAAUGAAAUCCUUGGGAGAGCAGAUGAAAUUCCUGAAAAAUCUUAUCCUUUUUGUCACUCAGACACAGGGUAAUGUUGAACUCGGAGAAGAUCUGUCGUCUCAUGCCAGAGACGUGGCUGUCAAUGCUGCAUGUAUUCUAACCCGCGGAGCUUUUGUUUGUGAUGCUGAAAGUGUUGAAGAAAUAUCAUUGGCGACUUCAACAUUGGUGCAGAGUAUCAAACCGAUUGAUCCUGAACUCUGUGAGGCUUACACUGACGCCCUGAAGAGCUCAAAGUUUGCAAGACGGUUGUCUGAUGCUUCCACUGAUCAAGACACGGACGGCGAAGACCAAUUGCAAGAGCUACUUGAAGGCUUAAGAUCCUUGAGAAAAAUGAUUCUCAAGUGGCAACAGCAAAACGAACUUGAUGUCAAAAUCAAGGAAGACAUUGUUGCAGUGGUAUGUAAUGCUGGAGUUUUCAUUUGCUCAUUGUAUCAGAAAGAUGGACAGUUUGACCUUGGGACUCUUCACUAUUUGUUAGAAGCAGUCAAGAUGAUUUUGGCAGAACUUGGGGAGAAAGGUUCACAGGUAUCAAUGUAUAGUCAAUUGGCUUUUGUUGAUUUUUUAUUAGAAAAAUUGAUGGAGCAUAUGGCUUGUGAUGUUGAACCAACUGCUAAGAUCCGUGCUCAAACUAUUAGAGAAGAAUUUGUCUCCUUAAGAUCUUUCUUAGGAGACAGUGUGGAGUUGCGCCAGGACCAGGAGAAGUUCCAACCUCUUUGGGAUCGUGUUUUGGAGGUGGCAUACAAAGUAGAGGACCUCGUCGACUACACCAUGGUCGGUGAUCUUCCAAGUUCUCUGUCAGCUUCAUUUGAUUCUAUCAAGGAAGAAAUCAACUGUAUUAAGUCUGAAAUCAAAGUGAUCAGACUACCAGAAAUCAAAGUGAAGAAAGUAACUGCAUCUCAGAGCCUUGUGCAAUCAGCAAAUCCCUCAAUGUCCAAAGAAGUUGUAGGCUUCCAUAAUGAGGCAGACUCAAUAAUCAACCGUUUAAAAGGACCCAAGAAGUUGCAGAUUGUGGCCAUUGUGGGCAUGCCAGGAAUAGGCAAGACCACAUUGGCGGAAAAAAUUUAUAACAGUUCUUCUGUUUCCUCGAAAAAGAUUACUCCUGUUGAGACUGAUAUGACGGUUUAUGAUGUAGCAGACAAGCUGAGGCGCAAUUUGAAGCGGAGGCCGUAUCUCAUCUUUUUGGAUGAUGUAUGGGGAGCUGAAGUCUUGGAGAGUUUGCUAGAAUCAUUCCCUGACGAUUUUGUGGGAAGCAGAAUUAUGAUAACAAGUCGUUAUCAUGAUGUUGCUCAGGAACCGCUUGAACUUGGACAGCUCAAUAAGCAUGAGAGCCUAGAAUUAUUGGGAAAGCAGUUAUUUGGUGGAAAUGGUUGGCCCACAGAGCUAGGUGAUCUUGGGAUGAAAAUUGCUGACAUUUGUGAUGGAUUACCUCUCAACGUUGUCAUUAUAGCUGGACUCCUUAAAUCCAGAAAGCCAGAUGAUUGGAUGGAAAUUCUGGAAACGUUAAGUUCAGGCGAUUUAUCCAGGCGCUGCAUGGACACAUUGGAGUUGAGUUACAGAAAUCUACCAGAGCAUUUAAAGCCUUGCCUUCUCUAUCUGGCAGCAUUUGAAGAGGAUGAACAGAUCUCAGUCAAGAGAUUGGUGCAAUUAUGGAUCGCGGAAGGGUUUGUUCGGAAAGUUGAGGAGAAGCGCCUAUCAGAUGUUGCUGAAGAGUAUCUUGAAGAACUAAUCUGUAGAAGCCUAAUCUUGGUUAACCAACGAAAAUUUGAUGGUAGAGUGAAAUCAUUUCGCAUUCAUGACCUGAUUUAUGACUUUUGUUUGCAGAAAUCCAAAGAUGAAUUUCUUUUCCACUUCUUAGAAGGAGGAUAUAAUGAGUUGUCAGACUUCAAUGAGCCACACAAUGCACGGAGGUUGUGCAUUCACUCUCAUUUAAAGCAUCUUGUGGAGUCGAAGGUGUAUUGUUCUCGUAUCCAUUCUCUUCGUUUCAGUAAGUUCAAAGAGAAUGUAGGGAUGCGACAUAUCUCACAGAUGAUGCACAUUGGCCAACUCCUGAGAGUGUUGGAUUUGGAGAAAAUUUUUCUCACCCACGGGAUUCCUAGUGAAAUUGGCCUACUUGUUCUGUUGUCCUACCUUGGAAUUGGAGGUGAAAUGUUGGAGGUUCCGCCAUCGAUAGGUAACCUUUCUAAUUUGGAAACUUUUAUCAUCAAUACAAAGAAAGAAAUGGGCAUUGCAUUGCCGGAGAGUUUCUGGAAUCUAGGGAAACUAAAGCAUUUUUAUGUAAGGGGACCCUCCAAAGCUGUUUUGCCCAUGGAAAAUCUUGACAACUCAUCUAAUUUAUAUGAGUUGGAUAGGAUUUCUGGUUUGAUCAUUUCUUCCAUGGACAACAUGGAAGGGAUCAUGCAAAAGUUUCCAAACAUUCGUCGGUUGUCAUUUCUACUCGACGAAUUCGAUAAGGGUGGAGGACGCAACAAAGUUGAUAAUCAUGGAGAAAGUCUUAUCAAUAUUGUAGUUCCUAACCUUUUGGUUCAACUAGAAUCACUAUGUAUCUUUGCAGAUAGAACAUGCGCUUCUAUGUUUGCAUUUAGUUUUCCAGAUAGUCUAAAGAAAUUGAAUUUGGGGUGCUUUGAUAUACGUGGGAGCAGUUUGUUAAGCAUUGGUAAACUGCCAAACCUGGAAGUCCUCAAAUUGGGCGGUUUAAACAUUGAAGGGGAAACAUGGAGUAUGGAACCAGAAGACUUCCCGAAACUUCGAUUCUUGAGAUUGUACUUUCUAACGCUCCGCUCAUGGAGUGGUUCUGAUGAUCAAUUUCAGUGUCUUGAGAAGUUGGAAUUGCAAUUGUGUCAAGAAUUGGAAGACAUGCCUACUUGUCUAGAAAAUAUUUUCACCCUUCAAAUGAUCAAGGUGUUUGCUUGUUCUGAAACUGUAGUAGGGUUGGUGAAAAAGAUUGUGGACGUACAGGUGGAGGAUUAUGGGAAUUCAGAUCUAAAGCUCUACAUUCAGGAUGAUCUUGAAGAUUGGGGAACUGAAGUUGAUGAACCAGAAUCCAAUGAUCUUGAUGAUGGCUAUUGA